CGUAAACCUGCCUUAAGCGAUAUCGUUUACUACAGCAAGCACGUGACUCAUCAUCAGGAACAGAAAUAAUUUUUGCCUCAGUUCGCGCAAGAUUAUUGCGACUUUGCUCAUGGGGCAUGGGAACAAAAGAAACUUGAUUCAACGAUGCCAUGGAUUGGCAUGUAUGUUGCAGCAGCUUCUGUAGUCUGCUCGCUUGCAAUGGCUGCUGAUGCCUUCUGUGGGUUCAGAAACAAAAGGCUCUGGUUCCCAUGUAAGUACUUCUCUCUGAAUGCAACUUCGUUGACCCUAUUAGCUGUCACAUUGAAGUUGCCCGUGGAUAUUACUGCUACUUUUUUGGGCACUUACGAUAAGAUAGCUUGGAUUAGUAGCCCCAUAUUGAUUUCAACUUCUAUGGGAAAUUUCAUGACAGCUUUGGGAUCCAUGAACGGUAAUGAGAUCUUACUUAACAUGACUGCUUUAGGCAUCCUGAUAAUUACAGUUAUUAUCAAUAUUUGUAUCCGUAUGAUCGAAAUGCAGAAUCUUGAUGGUAUGGACAUAUUGGAAGAAGCAACUGCAGCCACUAUUUUUAUGUUUCUUUCACUUGUUAUCUUCGUGUCUCUGUCUUUAACGGUUCCAACCACCAGAAUAUAUCUAGAAUCAAAGUACAAUGAAAUGCACAAAAUAGUUUUGGAUAAAGAAAAAGUGGAGUGGAGGAAAUUUACAGUCGAUAAUCUGAGACUAGUAGUGAAGAAGUAUUGGGUGAUGGCAGUAACUGGUAACCCCCAGUUUGUGAUGGCACGUUGUGUUUUCAGCGCUACCUCAGGUGUGAUGUCUCUGUUGAUUGCUCUCACUUUGUUCGGAGCUCAUAUAAGGACGCCAAUAAUGUACAAAGGAUUUAGAAGGAUUGAUUCUGUCUAUAAGUGGUCCAUCGAUUGGAUUAUUGUAACACAGGCUAUUGGAGUGGCAGUGGGUAUUAUUGCCCCUACAUUCAGAUGGUUCACUGCUGCCAGCUUCAAGAGUUCAGAAUUGGGGAGCAAAAGCUUCAAAGAUGAAUUCAAAAUCGAGACUUAUUGGAUCCAGGGGCUUGUCGACUGGAGAGGAAGAUCGUUGCCUAUACACGUUCCGCACCACAAGUGCAGAAAACUUUUUCAAGAUGCAAAAUGGCUAAUUCUCAGUUUCUGUAUUGGUGUUCAGAUUCUAAUUGUUUUGGUGAGCAAACUUUUUCUUCUUAUUUCUGCCUCAUGCCUACACCACAUCAAUAGGUUGAAGAUAUUCAUUAAUGAUGCUGUUAAAAUCAAGAGAAGAUCAGAAUCUGGCGAGGGCACCCAGCCGGAUCUUACUCAGUACGUUCUGCUACUUGAAGGAGAGGCAAAAGUCCCUAAAAAGAUCUUGAAGAACAUUUGCAAUGAGGUGGACAAGCUGAUGCAGAAAUCUAUAAGAAAGCAUCCAAAGAACGUAAUUGAACGUCUAAAUAAAUCUACCAACUUCAAUGGGGUUAGAGAAUUUGACAGUAAUGAAAUUCCAAGAUUAAAUUCCACGGCCGAGCCUCCUAAUUGCUGGUCUCUACCUGUUGUGACUCUUACAAGCAUUGCAAUUUCACUUCCUAACAUCCCAAAUGACCGUGCUAAUCAGUUAGUGAGGUGCGUUGGUGAAGGCUUAUUGUUGCUAAAACUUAUAGAGAAAAGCCUGGAUAGAAAUGGAGCUUUGGUAAACAUCAGAAAUGCAGCCAAUUUUGUAUGGGUCGAAGUUGAAUUAUAUCGCAGGUGGCUAGAUAAGGAUCUCCAUAAAUCAAGUCUCCAAGGCAGAACCUCCGAGGAAACACUUGAAGAGCUCUCCAAUGAAUCUAAAAGGACUGUAAUGGAGUUCCACAGAGACGUGAAUGAUUUUCUCAUGGAAAAUCCUCUAAAUUGGCCAGUUAAGAUCAUAGCUGCUAAUUCAAUGUACCGGAUCAGUCAAACUAUUUUGCUGUCCCUUGGCAAUUACCAAACAAAUGAUCCGGGACUGUUUGACCAUUUAUCCCUCAUGAUUGCAGAUAUACCGGCAGCUUCCCUUUCCAAUUUACCACAUGUUAUAACUACAAAAUGCCACAAUAAUUCUUUGAAGGAAAGGGAAAAUAGUAUUCGUCAAGCUGCUGUCCUUCUUGGUGAAACUGAAGAAAUUCUUGAAAUUCUUCAGCAGCGUGAGAUGCCAAACUUGGAUCCCGAUAAAGUUGCUUAUAUUGAAGAGUGGCGCAAUUUAAUGCAUCAAGAUAGAGAAAAUCUACUGGCCUAGUUCAAGCAUUGUAAAUGCAACUCAACAAUCCAAUGGAGAACAUGUGGCUAUUGAACUGCAGGGCUGAGUGCGAGAACACAAGCAAGUAGGAAAAAUAGUUACUUCAUUGCUGCAAUGCUUAGGUUAUGUCCUUCCCUUCCAUGAUUAGCAAUGUUUAUGCAAUUAUCUCAUUUUAUUAUUGUGAUGUUAUACUUGCAAUGUUCCUAAAUUUAUGAAUUAUCAUCCGUUUGGGAUUUUCUUCGA